CCUGUUCUUGGCGGCCAGUUCAAGUUGCCAUAGCAGAGAGAAGCGGGUUUGUCCCUUCUGAUUCAGUUGUCACUUACUAAAGUGACUUCACUGACGUUAUGUAACGUUAACUAGCUAAUUCGUGCAGGCUACGCCUGACCAAAACAAUGGACUCAUCCAGUGAAUCAGACACCUACGAGAGGACGAGGGAGCUGAGAUCCCGGCCACGGGCACGGGGGCGGGAUGCAAACCCCAGACCGCGACGCAACAGCCACAGAACCGGUCCUGAUGCUGCAGGCAUCUCCGAGAAAAUUAACACCCUGGCGAGCACUUUACAGGAUACAAGUCGUAAUUUAAACAAAGUGGAUCUGAUGCUGGGCCAGUACAGAGGACACUCUGAGGACCAGGCAGAAGCCAUGGCGACGUUGCGGGAGACUCUGGAGGAGUCUAUCUCUCGGCUCCAGAGCCAGAGGCUGCGUAGUCCCCCAGGGGCCCGGAGUGCCUCGGCCUCCACUCUCCACACCAGUGACCUGGAGGCUGGUUAUGGCUCAGAGGAACAGCGCUUCUGCCCCACAUCUCCCUUGAAGGAAUAUGGUUUCUCUGAGUCAGCUGUAAGAGGAGGAGCGAGAAGGAGGUCUAGAUCCGCUACCGUCCGCUUCAGAGACCCCAGACACCCAGACGAGGAUGUCCACACCCAGCACCAGUCGUUCAGGGACCUGCGUUGUGACCAGCUGAGGCUGGGGGACGAUUUGGACCGAGAAAUCCUGAGGAGGAACAGGUCGGACAUUGACACCAGGCGAGCCUUAGAGAAUCUCUCUGAGCAGCUGAUUUCUUCACAGAGACAGGACUCAGUGGCGUCUCGUGUGGAAAAGCGACUGCAGGAGAUGGAGAAGGACUUGCGUUCAGAGCGACAGGGAGUGCCUGAGAGAAGGCCAGAACAGCGGAGGAACAUGUCCGAUGAACUUCAGGAGGCUCUGAGGAGACGAGAGGCCCUGGAAACCGAGGAAGCUGUCAAGAAAAGACUGGUGCGUUCAGAGAGCGAGAUGACUGUGAUGGAGGCAGAGCUGGAGAGGACCAGAAGACAACUUCACCAAUCAGAAGGAGGCAGGGAAGCUCUACUACAACAGGUAGAAGAGAUGCGUGUUCAGCUGCUGAGGAUGGAGAAGGAGAGGCUGGAUCUGCAGAGGGAGACGUCCCAGCCCAGAGCCACCCAACCGGCCGGUGAGGAGGGGAGAGCCAGCCUGAGUCUAGACCGGUCGUCAGAGCUACAGAGGGAGGUGCAGGAGCUUAGAGCCCAGGUCGCCAGGACGUCUGUCCUCGCUGAAGUGGACGAUCUCAGGAGAACUCUCGAACGCAAAGACCGAGAGAGAACACAGCUCUCCAACCAGGUCGAGGCACUGUCGUCAGACCUGGCGAGGCGCGAGUAUCAGCAGUUGAAGAUGUUGGAGAAGUUGAAGGAGAUCCAGAACUGUUCCGAGGUGUGUGCUGCCGAGAGGGCCCAGGCCGUGCUCCGGGCUGAGGAGGCGGAGGCCCAGCUCCAGGAGAGCUCCAGGAAGAGGGAGGAACUGAAGGGCAGGGCCCAGGAGGCAGUCCGACAGUGGAGAGCCAAGUGCAGGAGGAUGGAGAGGGAGAUGGAGGAGCUGAAGAGACAGGCCCAGCAGGACACAGAGAAAGCCACACAGGCGUGUAAGGAGAGAGACCUGGCGCAGGCCCAGCUGAAAGCCCUCACCCAGCAGACGGAGGGCGUGCGGCGGGAGCUGGCGGACGUUCUGAAGUGCCUGGCGCAGAGCGAGGAGGGGCUGCACCGUAAAGACGUGGAGCUGUCGGAGUCGCGGGCGCGCCUCCUGGGCCUGGAGCAGGAAGUCAGGGAGGUGAGGGAGGCCUCUGUAGCCCUGGACGAGGAGGCCCAGCGGCAGUCUGUCCUGCAGGCCAGGCUCAGAGAGGAGAACCAGAGGCUGGAGGAGAGGGCAGAGACCAUGGCUAGACGCAGCCAGAGAGACCAGGAGGAGUUACGUGACUUCCAGCUAGCAAUGAAAGAGUUAACCGUCACACGCUCCCAGCUCACCGCCCGUCUAGCCGAGGAGGAGAUGGCCAAGAGGGAGCUCCAGAGAAGCAGCGCGGAGGGGGCGGCGCGGCUGGCCGCAGCCCAGGAGGAGAGAGCUUCUCUGGGACAGCAACUUGAGCUGGAGAGGGAGGUGCACCAGAGGGAGUUGGCUAGUCUCAGAGCCACUACACAGGACACGAGAGCCAGGCAGGACAGGGAGGUACAGGAGACACUACAGCUCUGGAAAAAGGAGAGGGAUGACAUGGAGACACACCUCAAGGAGGUCAAGACAGCCGCGGCGGCGGAGAAGGAACUGGCGAGGGCUUUACGUGUGAAGCUGGACCGGAUGAAGGCUGAAUGUGACCGGAUGACGGAGGAGCUGAGCGGAGCGGAGGAGCAGCAGUCACACCUCCACAGGAAGUACCAGCUACUCAAACAGGAACUGGAUCACAAGGUGAAGGUCGUGAUUCAGACGGAGGAAUCUCGCAAGGGGUCACAGGAUACAGUGGCUACUCUAGAGAACAAACUUUGUUGUCUGGAGACUGAACAGGAAUCCAUCCUGGGUUGUGUAGCGGAGGAGAUAGAGGCAGCCUGCAGAGCACUGUCCAAGGACUCACAGGGCAAACUCAAAGCCAUGUCCCUCAAUCCUGGACUCCAGAAAGACCCUCAUCGCUGGUUGGCUGAAACCAAGACCAAGCUGCAGUGGCUGUGUGAAGAAGUGUCCGAACGAGAGGACAAACAGAGGAGGUUGCGUGGGCAGGUCCAGCAGGCCCGGGAACAGCUGAAGAAGCUGAGACAGAGCCGAGAUUCAGAACAACAGGCCCUGUUACAGAGACUGGACCAGCAAGAAAAACUACUUCACUCCAUCAGUACUGAGAAGAGAGGUCUCCUUGAGAAGACUCGGAGGAAGGAGGAUGAGAUGAGAGGUCUUCAGGAUCGCGUCCUGGAUCUGGAGAUGAGCACCAGGCUGGCUUUGGAUCACCUGGAGUCAGUUCCUGAGAAGCUGUGUCUGCUGGAGAACUUUAAAGACCUGGAGGAGUCUCAGCGGCAGAAGGAGUUGGUGGAACAGCGUUACGUCAAAUACAAAGAGAUCGUUGGAGCCCUUCAACACCAGCUGGACGAGUCCAAACGACAGAUCCAGGAGUGCAGGGAUGACAAGUUGGACGCUACAACUCGGAGCAUUCGAUUGGCUGCUCUGUCUUCCUCCAUCAGAGGCCACAGCUCUUUCCUCACCAGCUCCCAGCUCCCUGACACCUCACCUCCGCCCAAACUCCUGGUCUCUCCAGACUGCAGUCUAGACUUCGGCGCAAAAGGUCAUGACCUGCCGGGCUCUUCUGCGGCCAGUGGUGCCCGAUGACAGACCAACUGUGGCCUCCCCAGCACUGGGACAUAGUGGCCACUACCACCUCGGCUAUCAUCGGGGAUUUACACCGGUCCCAUGUUCAUCAACCUGCCUUACGUCAUAGUUGCUUAUACGUCUCACUUAGGGAAAAGCUUGUUUUAACUUGGUCAAAGGGACAAUAUUGGCAAAGAUUGCGGUGGCUCAUCUGUCCAACCUUAUGCCUUGUGUACAACCAACAGCCAUCUAUGCAGUAGCCUGGUUACAAUGCAUCACCACAACAGUCUUCCUUGACUACCUCAGCUGCACAACAGCCAGCCAAACCAAGCUCCAUACCUAGCAGCCAGCCUAGACCACAGCAGCCAAGCAAAGAAUAAGUCCAAGCACACUGGUCAUUUUAUGAUUAUUUUAAAAGGUUACAGCUUUGGGGUAUCCUAUAAGACAUCCACCAAAUGUAGUACUGUGAAAGACAACUGUAGAUUUUUAUUAACUGAUAAUAAUGAUGUUUUUUAUUGAAUGUUACUUUGUGCAAAGAAAGCAUACGCAGCCUCAUAUCCCAUUAUGUUUUAAUAGAAAUAAUUUGAAGGUCCAGUUAUAAGCCAAAGUAUGCCAACAUUAUAUAGAGAAAUUAAAUUUCCAUUUGAUUUUGUAAGAACACUGAUAUAAUUGCUAAUGUUUACCUUUUUAUUCCAUUGUCUUUUGUGAACUAAUAUUCUCAUAUCAGUGUGUUUUAAGAAGUUGACAUCUUAUUUAUGCUGACAUUCUGUGAAAGCAGUGGUGCCUUUUCUAACUGUAUCCUAUGUAUUAACUAAGUAUGCUAUGUUGCAUGUGUGCUGUGGCAUAGCAUUUAUUUAACAGACUUGACAAGUCACUGUGCGUUUUUACCACUACUAUAAUAUUUCCCUUGAUAUUUGUUUCUUAUUAUAUUUUGUUUAAUGCAUUGUUUGCUGAAAAUAUUUUUUUUUAUUAUUGAAAAAAAAGUUAUGCCAAUGAGCAUGAUAGAUGUAUAUUUAUAUCAAAUAAAAUG